AACCAGAGCGCCGCCGACCCCACGCUGUCACGGGAUGUGUGGAUGGUGGGCAUGGGGAUCCUCAUGUCGGUCAUCGUGCUGGCCAUCGUCUUCGGCAACGUGCUGGUGAUCACCGCCAUCGCCCGGUUCCAGCGCCUGCAGACGGUCACCAACUGCUUCAUCACCUCGCUGGCCUGCGCUGACCUGGUGAUGGGGCUGGCCGUGGUGCCCUUCGGCGCCAGCCACAUCAUCAUGGAUAUGUGGAAGUUUGGGAACUUCUGGUGUGACUUCUGGACCUCCCUGGACGUGCUCUGCGUCACAGCCAGCAUCGAGACCCUCUGCGUCAUUGCCGUGGACCGGUACUUCGCCAUCACCUCCCCUUUUAAGUACCAGAGCCUGCUGACCAAGAGCAAGGCACGCGUGGUCAUCCUCGUGGUGUGGGUGGUCUCAGCCCUCACCUCCUUCUUGCCCAUCCAGAUGCACUGGUACCGGGCAGAUCAUCACGAGGCCAUCAUGUGCUAUGAGGAGGACACGUGUUGUGACUUCUUCACCAACCAAGCCUAUGCCAUUGCCUCCUCCAUCAUCUCCUUCUACCUGCCGCUCGUGGUCAUGGUAUUCGUGUACGCCAGGGUCUUCCAGGUGGCCAAGAAGCAGUUGCAGAAGAUAGACAAGAGCGAGGGGAGGUUUCACACCCAGAACAAGGAGCAGGAGCAGAAAGGGGGAGCUGGGCACCGCCGUUCCUCCAAGUUCUUCUUGAAGGAGCACAAGGCCCUCAAGACCCUGGGCAUCAUCAUGGGCACCUUCACGCUGUGCUGGCUGCCCUUCUUCAUCGUCAACAUUGUGCACGUCAUCCAGGACGAUGUCAUACCCAAGUACGUGUACAUCCUCUUGAACUGGCUAGGCUAUGUCAACUCUGCCUUCAACCCUUUGAUCUACUGCCGGAGCCCGGACUUCAGGUAUGCCUUCCAGGAGCUCCUGUGCCUCCGCAGGUCCGCCCUGAAGAUGUAUGCCAAUGGCUACUCAAACAGCAACGGCAAGAGCGACUACAACGAGGAGGACAACGGCUACCCUCUGGCAUCGGACAAGACCUGCGAGUUGCUCUGCGAAGAGGGCUCCUUCUCUCAGCCCGAGGACUUUUUGCACUGCAAAGGUACUGUGCCUAGCGGGUAG